GGGUAGUAGAAAAUUUUAUUUUUGGACCAAUUCGAGCGUUUUUACUGCGGCGGCGUGUGAUGAAGGCUGAAUCCUUGGAGCUCAGGAGGUGAAUCGGGUAAAAUAUUUGGGAAAUUUGUUUUGAGCUGAGCAUUUUGGCUUUGAUUUCGCUGAAUUUGGUUGAGUUUUGGGGAUUCUUUUUAGAAACCCUCGUUCUGGUGUAAAGGACGGGUAAACUUUGAGGUUGAGCAAAAAUGUUGCCGCUGGAGCAGAGAGUAUUCGGAACAAAGCGCAUCCUAGUGAAGAAAUCCCUGCCGGAAUUUUUUUAGCGAAGAAUUUGGGUAGAGGGCGGAUUCUAGUUGAAGCCUAGCGAGAAAUCGGUUUCGGUGGUUCUUAGCGAGGGUUCUAGGCAGAGAAAGCUUUUGUUUUUUUGGAAAUAUUUGAGUAUCCUGUGACAUUGUUCGAUUUUAGUGCAGUUUUUACGUUGUCAGCAGCAAAGAGGCCUUUACUAUCUUUCAUGUUUGUGAUCUUUUGUGACAUUAUUGUCUGAUUUCACGUCUGUGGGUAUUCAAGGUCCUUACUAUUUUGUCUGUCAACACUCCUUUUUCUCUUAGGCAUCUCGCCUGUCUAAAACUUUGUUAGCGAUUACAGUCCGCAAAGCUUGUUGAGAUUUCUCUGCUGUGCAGGAUAUCUUUGUUUACUGUUGUAGCCGGCAAAGCUCGUUUAGAUUUCUCUGCCGUUCAGGUUGUCCAAAAUACUUUUCUUCUUUUGUCAAGCAGACCCUCGAAAGCGUAGUGUACCGAUCUUGUACGAAGGCAAACUAGUUGCUCUACCGCUUGUUUGUUUUGAUCACUUAGAAGCCCUCGUUUUUGCUUUUUAGGUGUUUUGUAAGAAGGGAUUAUAAUGUUUGUCGGUAGGAGGUAUGGGCCAUUUGCCACUCAGCAUUGCCGCAGUUCCAAGAAAAAUAAGAGCUGGAUUACGCCGAAACCAAGCAGGAAGGAGUUCAUGCAGAGCCAGUUAGUGUUCAAAAAGGUUGUAGAAGAGAAAGAUAAAGAGAAUCUCCUGUGAAUCGUGAUCCACGGUUGUAGUUAUUAAGUUUGAAUAGACGAUUUGUGCAAAAAUCAGUGAGAGUUUUGGCUGGAUUAUGUUGAAAUCUAGUCGGAGGGAGUUCAUGAAGAGCCACCUUGUGUAUAAGAAGGUUGUUGAGGAAAAAGAUAAGGAGAAUCUGUUGUGAAGGGAAGAGGGCGCAGCGAAGUUGGAGGAGAGGGGUUUGUGCAGAAACAGUGACAGGUUUGGCUGGAUUAUGCCGAAACCAAGCCGGAAGGAGUUCAUGCAGAGCCAGCUAGUCUGUAAAAAGGUUGUUGAGGAAAAAGAUAAAGAAAAUCUGCAGUGAACAGAAGAGUCCCCUGGCUAUAGCUUGCAUUUGAGGAGGGGGAACUUGUGCAGAAACUGCGACUGAAUUGGACGAUUGAUGACCGAGGAAAUGGGGACAAAAUUACGGCAGACCCUUCAAGGUCUUUGCUUCGAUACCAGCUGGAACUAUGCCGUUUUUUGGAAGCUGAAACGUGGAACCUGCAUGAACUUGGCAUGGGAAGAUGGCUACAUCAAUGAAUAUGUUAAAACGCCUGUUGUUUUAAAUGUUUCUGCAUACAUGACACACGGUUUUCCUCUCAGUGGCAUGGGAUGUGGACAGGAAGGAGGGUAUGCCCAAGAUGGAUUUUCAGUUGGAGAUCAAAUUGGUCGAGCUGUGGCUCAGAUGUCAUGCCAGGUGUUUACAUUUGGAGAAGGCACGAUUGGAAGUGUGGCAUUUACUGACAAGCAUCAGUGGAUCUUUGGAGAUAAAAACUGUGUUAGUGAGUUGAAUCAUGUUGGGUCAGUUUAUGGACGUAUCUUGCUUGAGUAUCCCAUUGAAUGGCAGGAUCAAUUUGCUGCUGGAAUCAAGACAAUUGCUGUUAUAGCUGUAAUGCCACAUGGUGUCGUGCAACUUGGCUCAACACAAAUGAUCAUGGAAGAUUUGAAUUUUGUAAACCAAGUAAAAGAGCAGGUCAAAGAAGAUUUGGAUUUUGUAAACCAUGUGAAAGAUGAAUUUGGUAUAUUCCAAAAUAUUCCAAAAUCAUUUUUGCCCAAUAAUAACCUAGAUGGUCAAAGUGGCAAGAUUGAAGGGUCACUUUUUCAGAAAAUGUCUAUCCCGCUGACUUCACUUGGAAACGCAGCAUCAUUAGGUGUAACAAAUGCAACUCCCUCCGAAGACAAUUCUAAUGCAUCUGUGUUAAAAAUUCCAAGCUCAGAUAUUCUAGAUAAAUUUAUAAGCCCUGCAAAUCUAGUGGAAAAGAAUAAGAGCUUGCCUUCUUGCACCUUGGCCUUGCCUUCUGAUGGUGCCUCUACUGGAACUGUAAACCAUCUAUCUUCAUUUCAGCAGAAUAAUGCUCCUUUAAAUAAUCUUCUAGCUCAUAUUGCUGAUAAAAAAGGUAGUGAAACUGGUAACGCAAUAAUUGUACCAUCUACUUCCAGGGUGUAUCCCUUCAAAGGCCAGAUGCCAACAAACAUUGCUUUGCCUGAUAGGCAACAAACAUUAAACAUGGGAUCGAGCUCCAUAUUUAUGGAGCAACCACAGUUUCAAGGGAAAAUGGCAUUUAAUUUUCCAGAUGAUUGCAUCUUGAAUUCCAUAUGUGGUGCUAAAUCAAUUAAUGCUGAAAGAUUGGGCCAAGACAGUUUCAAUAUAACCCACAAGGAUGAUAGGCUACAGGAAACUGCAUUAGAUGUGCAGCCCUCAGGUCCAUUAUUUCAAGAUAGUGUUGGACAGUCUGGAUACUCUACGUUAGCUGCAAGGUUGCUUGAACGCAAUAUCAACAAGACAAAAAAGGAGGCAACUGCCAUGCCAGUGGUUAAGGUAGAUACAGAGAACAUCACUUACACCUCUCCUUCAUUAUCUUCAGCCAACAUGGGAAUGGCCAUCUCUGAUAAUAGGCAAUCCUGUAAUGUACAAUGGAGUGCUUCAGCUGGGUGUCAUAACACAAAAAUGCUCAAGAAUUUAAGCAAUGGCCUUGCGACUUCUCUUGGGUAUCAAAAUGUUUCAGUAUCGAACACAGUUGGAUUAGAUCACUCAUCUUGGCAAAAAGAGGUUAUAGGUAAGAACAUAGCUGAGCAUUUGUCAGAUAAUGGUAUUCAUGGAAUGAACCCUGUCAAAGAAGUUUCAAAAAGUGCCAUGACUGACCUUAGCAAAUAUUCUGCCAUUCUAGCUGACUUUGAUAAUCCUGAUGUUAUAGAAUUUGGCAGCUCUGACAACAGCAGGAAUUUGCCUUCUAAGGGGCAAAAUAAAACUAUGCAUGCCAUUUCAUGCAUCCCAUCAAGUGUAGAACUGCUUGAAGCACUAAGGCCCACUUUCAAGGCACCAGACAAUAGUGUUUGGGAUGAAAUGUUAUUUCACAGAGGUGUAUCUAGUACAAAUUUGGGAAACCAAAAUUUUGGAGUUUCUCCUUGUUCAGACUACCAUUCUGAGGAUGUAAAUAAGAAAUCAGAUUUAUCCAUAAUGACAGCAACUGAAGGGUGGUUUUUGCCUGAGACCAAGUCUGAAGAUCUUUUAGAUGCUGUAGUUGCCAAUAGAUGCCUGCGCACUAACCAGGGAGUGGAUGAUAACAUAUCCUGUAAAACUACAUUUUCAAGCACAACAAAUUUGACUCCUGUGUAUUGUUCCUCUGCUAAGUCUGACAAUUGCUCUGUAGCACAGGUGAGUGCAUCUGAGAAGGAACAGUCAAUGGCUGUAGACAUUUCCAAGCCUAGAGAGAGCCUAGAUUUAGGAGACUGUACAAAUCGAAGUUUUUCUUCUAUGUUCCAUGAGGACAUAGGGGUAAAAAUGUUUGCAAAUGAAUCCUCCAUAAACUCAAUGCCAAAAUCUCUAGUGAAUGAUGCCCAUUGUGAAAACAAUGGGUUUACACAGGCAAAAAGACCUGGGGAGCCUAUAAAAGGUAACAGGAAGCGGGCCAAGCCUGGUGAGAGUUCCAGGCCAAGGCCGAAGGACAGGCAACAGAUCCAAGAUCGUCUUAAAGAACUACGGGAGAUUAUUCCAAAUGGAGCCAAGUGCAGUAUAGAUACGUUGCUCGAACGUACCAUAAAGCACAUGCAUUUCUUACAGAGUGUGACAAAGUAUGCUGAUAAACUCAAGCUGACUGGCAAAUCAAAGGUUCUUGACGAGGAAGUUGCUCUGCUAGCCAGCACUAUGGAAGGUGGUGCGAGCUGGGCAUUUGAGUUGGGUGGUCAAGCAGUAGGUUGCCCCAUCAUUGUGGAGAAUUUGAAUCAAGCCCGACAAAUGCUUGUAGAGAUGUUGUGUGAAGAACGGGGGCUCUUUCUGGAAAUAGCUGACAUUAUUCGGAACUUGGGGCUUACAAUCUUGAAGGGUAUCAUGGAGGCUCGCAAUGACAAGAUCUGGGCACGCUUUGUUGUUGAGGCAGACAGGGAUGUGCACAGGGUUGAAAUUUUAUGGUCACUUAUGCAAUUAUUGCAACCAAACACCAAGGGUAGCUCUACAAGUAAUCACUCUAGCUUAGCCAACUCUCAGGUCACUGAAAAUGUCUCUCAGACAUUUGACACUUUCCAGCUAUCACCAAUGGUGUGUGGGCCAUAGUAGUCUUAGCCAUCCAUUACUGACAUCAUUAUAUGCAAAGUACACUAGUGUAAUUUAAGCAAUAUGAAUUGCUAAGUACUGCUUUGAUGUGUCAUCCAUACCACUUUAUUUGCCAAUUUAAGUGUAGAGUAUUUAUUUUGUGGUCA